UCCCACACUGUGAAAUACGAUUCUUCUUUCGAUCCACCAAACGCCUCUCCAACCUGUUUUCGUUUAAGAACAAGGUGCCCAAAACUCUGAAUUCAAAUGUUGUCUAUUCUUUCAAGUGCCGAUGCUGCUCCGCAUCGUACGUGGGUCAAACCACCAGCCACCUACACACUCAAAUUUCAGAGCAUCUGGGCAUCACCUGUUUUUAGUGAUUCACUUAGCUAAGCUGUAUUUUUGACUACAAUGUUUAUGUGAGGCAACAUGUUUUUAAAAAACUGUAUAAAGGUGCUUUUGACGAUUUUUUGGUGUUUUGAAUAUUUUCGUCAAAUCAUGUGUUUCAAUUUUUGCUUCGAUUCUUCACACAAAGAUCGGAGACUGUGGAGCAAUAUAUACAAAAAAAUUAAUGUGAAAAAUGAGAUAGAAUGCAUUGUUUCUUGCGUUAAUGAACCAUGUUGUCGAUCUAUAAACCACAGGAGAAAAUUAAGUCAAGGACGUUGGAGUCUUUGUGAAAUGCUACAUAGUGUCCUCAACAAAAGCAAUGAAAACGAUUUAAAACAUAAUCGAUUUUAUGAUUACAUUUUUUUCAAUUCCCCUGUCAAGGAGUACAAUAAAACAUGCGAAGUCCAAUCGUCACUCAACAAAAGUUACGAUUUGCUCUUCAAAAAUGCACAUGUUGAAAACGUGAUUCUAUUGGAUAAUGCAAUGCCCAAUAUGUCUGCGAUAACGUUGAUGUUUUGGAUAAAAUUAACUCAAGUCAACGAAUGGCGGUGUUUUCUUACGCUAUAG